AUGAGCGUUGAAUACAUAGACAACAGCUUGUUAAUAAAAUUUAAAAUUAAAGAAAAGAACCAUAGAAGACAAAGAAGAUGGGUAUAUCGUUGCGAAAUCGUUGGGGGAAAUGACGUCAGGUUGAAGCUUCCAGAGGAGUUCAUCGUGGAAGAUCAGAAUGGUUGUGAUGUCACGCUACGUUCGUUCAUUCAGUUGCAAAGAAUGCACGUCUGGCUGGGGUUGAAGCUUCCAGAGGAGUUCAUCAUGGAAGAUGUCAGGCUACCAAUAGUCUACUAUCCGCACGGCAAUGGUUUACUAUCCGGUGCCCUGGCUGUCGGUGAACCUCUGUGCAAGGAGGGAGAAUGA